AUGAUUUCCAAAAAAUGCGACUUUAACGUGUCCCAUAGGAUUAUCCAGGACUUUGAAGGAUUUGAUCCCGAACAGUUCAGACAGUACGCCAUCUCGUUGGCAACAUUCCCAAAACCAUACGCUGGUGCUUAUUUCGCCCGAGUGGCUGGGGUUGAGUACAUAAAUGUGCCCCCAAUGGUCGAGAAUUUCUUCAAAGGGAUGCGAAACUUUGUCACUGAUAAAAUAUUCAGAAGGUUUACAGUGCAUAAAAAUUACGAGUCGCUUCACAAAAACAUAAACAAGGCCUAUUUGCCGCCCGAAUACGGGGGCGAGUUGAAAACACCGCUCAGUGAGUUGAUCGAUGCUUGGAAUAAGGAGGUUGAGACCAAUUUGGAGGUGCUUGAGAAAUUGGUGGUGGAGGAGGUGGCUAGGGAGCAUUUGAGGGUGGGGAAGGCGAGGUUUGAUGAUAUUUUUGGGGUCGAUGGGACUUUCAAACAACUGGAGAUUGAUUAG